GCGACUGUGUUCGCCCUAUGAUCUACCGAUCGUUGUUUGAUGCAGACGCUGUUGGGUGAUAUUGUACGCAAUCCCAUCACCAACGUAUUUUUUGACGCGACGUUGUAAUCACAUUCUUUCAACUUGUUGAACAAAAGCCGUCGCAAUGUUAUUUUUCAGUUUCUUCAAGACGCUGAUCGACGUCGAGAUCACCGUUGAGCUCAAGAACAGCAUCCAGAUCCGCGGCACCCUCAAGAGCGUUGAUCAGUACCUGAACCUCAAGCUUGACGACAUAUCCGUCGUUGAGGACAUCAAGUAUCCGCACCUGAGCGCCGUCAAGAAUGUCUUUAUCCGUGGAAGCGUAGUCAGGUACAUCCACCUGCCCGCUUCCCACGUCGACGUCCCGCUUCUGGAGGAUGCGACGAGGAGGGAGGCGGCUUCUACGGCGGCGAAGCGUUAAGGGUCGGGCCUUGCGGAUGGUGAAUGACGAGAAAAAAGAGAGACGCGUAUUUGGGAUGGAUUGAUGUCAUCUAUUUGAUGAGCCAUUGGCCCGUGAUAAACCCGACUUUGGCGGAAGCUGGUGGUCAGCUGUUCGGACGCCGGUGCGGGGCGGGAGGCGAACCCUCGUCUCAUCCCUUGAGGGUUGUAGAUACGGACAGGAUAUGAAGCUGCGGGACACAAGGCUUUGACAUUAAGCCUUGUCGGGUAAGAGCUUGUCGCUUGUCAUAUCAUCAGAGCCUCGCAUCACUAUUCACGCAUGCCUGGCACAAAUCGAAUGACCGGAUCAACCCUUGUUCCCACGCAUUUUAUGGGCUGUCAUAAACAUUUACUAUAGAUCAUCAUAAGCCAUCAAAAAGGACUCCUCGUUAAU